GCUGCCUCACUCCAUGCUUCCUGGGCUUCACUCACAUGCUCAGAGACAGAAGAGCUGAAGAGUCUUAGCAGCACACGAGGAAGUGCGGUGUCUAUUUUAAACCACUCAGGAUUCUGCUGGAUAUUUUGAAUAUCCUGUGCGAGUGUGAGAGAUUGUGUGUACAGACUUCAGCCAGAGCAGAGUAACUUUGUUCUGUCUUUUUUUAUUUUGGAUUCCCCCCCCCCUGUCUAACUGGGUGGCCGUGUGUGUGUGACAGAGAGAGUGUGUGGGUGAGUCUGCAUGUUCGUGUGAGGUGGAGGGGAAGGAUCAGGAUGAUUGCGGCCCAGCUACUCGCCUAUUACUUCACUGAACUCAAGGAUGAUCAGGUCAAAAAGAUCGAUAAGUACCUGUACUCCAUGCGUUUCUCUGAUGAAACGUUGAAGGAGAUCACCCAGCGGUUUCGGAUGGAGCUGGUCAAAGGACUGGGGCGGGACACGAACCCCACUGCCUCGUUGAAAAUGCUGCCAACCUUUGUGCAGUCCAUCCCUGAUGGCUCAGAGAAGGGCGACUUCAUUGCGUUGGAUUUGGGCGGCAGUAACUUCCGGAUCCUCCGCGUCAGAGUGAGCCACGAGAAGAAACAGACCGUUCAGAUGGAGAGUCAGAUCUAUGACACACCAGAAGACAUCGUGCACGGAAGUGGAACAAGACUGUUCGACCAUGUUGCAGAGUGUCUCGGUGACUUCAUGGAGAAACACAGCAUCAAAGACAAGAAACUCCCAGUUGGGUUGACCUUCUCCUUCCCCUGCCAGCAGACUAAACUGGAUGAGGGCGUUCUGAUCACGUGGACGAAGCGUUUCAAAGCCAGUGGGGUGGAGGGAAUGGAUGUCGUCAAACUCCUCAACAAAGCCAUAAAGAAGCGAGGAGACUACGACGCUGACAUCAUGGCGGUGGUGAACGACACGGUUGGAACGAUGAUGACCUGUGGUUUCGAUGACCAGCGCUGUGAAGUUGGCAUUAUUAUCGGUACGGGGACCAAUGCGUGCUACAUGGAGGAGCUGCGUCACAUUGACCUGGUGGAGGGAGACGAAGGCAGGAUGUGUGUGAACACUGAGUGGGGGGCCUUUGGAGACGACGGCAGGCUGGAGGACAUCAGGACGGAGUUUGACAGAGAGAUAGACAGAGGCUCUCUCAACCCUGGCAAACAGCUAUUUGAAAAGAUGGUCAGCGGCAUGUACCUGGGCGAGCUGGUUCGUCUCAUCCUGGUGAAGAUGGCCAGAGAAGGCCUGCUGUUCGAGGGCAGAAUCACUCCGGAUCUUCUCACUCGAGGGAGGAUUGAGACGAAACAAAUCUCCGCCAUAGAGAAGAGCAAGGAGGGGUUGAACAAGACCAGAGAGAUUUUAACCAGUAUUGGAGUGGAGCCCUCAGACGAUGACUGUAUCGCUGUGCAGCAUGUUUGUGCCAUCGUGUCUUUCCGCUCUGCCAACCUGAUAGCGGCCUCGCUGGCCGGCAUCCUGCUGAGGCUAAAGGAGAACAAAGGCGUGGCGCGACUCCGGACCACUGUAGGGAUCGACGGAUCGCUAUACAAAAUGCACCCGCAAUACGCCCGUCGUCUUCAUAAGACAGUCCGUCGUUUGGUCCCGGACGCUGAUAUCCGAUUCCUCCUGUCGGAGAGCGGCAGUGGAAAAGGAGCCGCUAUGGUGACGGCUGUCGCCUACCGACUCGCCGAACACUCCCGGGAAAUUACCCAAACGCUGUCUGAAUUCCGCCUGACGACAGAACAACUGCUGGAGGUAAAGAAGAGAAUGAAGAUCGAGAUCCAAAAUGGCCUUUCAAAAAGCACCCAGGAAGCUGCCACUGUCAAAAUGCUGCCGACCUUUGUGCACAGCACUCCUGAUGGCUCAGAACAUGGCGAUUUCCUGGCUUUGGAUUUGGGAGGAACCAACUUCAGGGUUCUUUUGGUCAAGAUUCGCUCUGGCAAGAGGAGAACAGUGGAGAUGCACAACAAGAUCUACUCUAUUCCUUUAGAGGUGAUGACGGGCACGGGAGAGGAGUUGUUCGAUCACAUUGUGCAGUGCAUCAGUGACUUCCUGGACUACAUGGGGAUGAAGAACACUCGUCUUCCUCUGGGCUUCACCUUCUCCUUCCCGUGCCGACAGACCAGCCUGGAUGCUGGCGUCCUUGUGACGUGGACCAAGGGCUUCAAGGCGACAGACUGUGAAGGAGAAGAUGUGGUGGGUUUGUUGAGGGAGGCCAUCAAGAGGAGAGAGGAAUUUGAUCUGGAUGUUGUGGCCGUAGUGAACGACACAGUGGGAACCAUGAUGACGUGUGCCUACGAAGAGCCCACCUGUGAGAUUGGACUAAUUGCUGGCACUGGCAGCAACGCGUGUUACAUGGAGGAGAUGAGGAACAUUGAGAUGAUUGAUGGAGAGGAGGGCCGGAUGUGUGUCAACAUGGAGUGGGGGGCUUUCGGAGACAACGGAUGUCUUGAUGACAUUAGGACAGAUUAUGAUCGGGCUGUGGAUGACUUCUCCCUCAAUUCAGGCAAACAAAGAUAUGAGAAAAUGUGCAGCGGCAUGUAUCUCGGGGAAAUUGUGCGAAACAUCCUAAUAGAUAUGACCAAGAGGGGAUUCCUGUUCAGAGGACAGAUUUCUGAAACGCUGAAGACAAGAGGCAUCUUCGAGACAAAGUUCCUCUCACAGAUAGAGAGUGACCGAUUGGCUUUACUUCAAGUGAGAUCCAUCCUGCAGCACUUGGGGCUGGAUAGCACCUGUGAUGACAGUAUCAUUGUUAAAGAGGUAUGUGGGGCAGUGUCGCGUCGUGCAGCUCAGCUGUGUGGGGCGGGAAUGGCGGCCGUGGUCGAUAAGAUCAGAGAAAACCGAGGACUGGACCAUCUGAACAUCACUGUAGGGGUGGACGGGACACUCUACAAACUGCAUCCACAUUUCUCUAAGAUCAUGCACCAGACGGUGAUCGACUUAGCUCCUCAGUGCAACGUCAACUUCCUGCUGUCGGAGGACGGAAGUGGGAAAGGAGCUGCUCUCAUCACAGCGGUGGGCUGCCGACUGAGACGGGAGCUGAACGGCAAAUAGAAGAUCUCCCAUCUUCUUAUCUCCCCACUAUUGACCCCGAGAGGACGAGACGGCUCUCCCUGCUGCGUCAGGUAGCCGAGAGUCAGGCCUUUGUUGUAGUUAGAUUAUCUUUUAACAACCGAUGAAACAAUACCCAGACUCUUAAGAUAGUUUGUAGUUUGGUUAAGUUUGUAGUUCGGUUAAUUCAACUUAUCUAUAUAGAUAACACACGCAUAUUAAACUCGUAAACGUUCAUGGCAAAAAGUCCACACGUGAGCUGUUUAUCAUCGGCAUAUGUAGGAGUCCUCUGAUAACUGCAGUCUUAUACAAUGUACCAAGUACAAUAGUUGAAAGACAAUGUCCAUAAGUAUGUCAGAGAAGCGUCUGUCCUUAUAACAUGUUUGGUAAAGGCAGGAACAUAAGAACACAGCUUCCAAACGGUUUCUGCUGCAGUAGGCUGACUGUUUCUACAACUUGGUGUACAAGGGAUAUGAGGGUUAAAUAAUAAUUUGUAAUGAGGGAAUAUUUUUGCUUAAACUGUAAUACCAUGUCCAGAUAAUAUGUUAUACAUACAUUGUUGCUAUUUAUUUUAUUUUUGUAUUUGGCGAUGUUGAGAAAUGUUGCUGUUGCAGUAAUGAGGCUCACAAGAAAGGCCACCUCCAAAGACCCCACAGCCAUCCCCUUUACGGUGGUGGAGGAUUUAAUGAACCAAAUCAAGCAGAAAGGUGACAAAAGAGGGACGGUGAUCAUGACUGAUCUGCGAGAGAUGUCACAUGCUUAUUAAAUGUGCAUAUUUUGACUAAUGCCAUCCUAGCCUACUCACUUGUAUACUAAGUAGAAGUCCCGUCGUUGGAUCUAUGACAACUGUUAAGUUUAUUAUUGGUGUUUAAAGAUGUGCAGGCUACUCUCAUAAUUACAGUGAUAUUUACAGUGAACUUACUUAGCAAAAACCAUCACACAGGAAUUCGGUGCUUAUUUACAGUAGCUGCCAUCGGAACAACAGUGACUUAAAUCGGGGAUAAGAAUAAUAUGGUAGUAACUGAAACUUUAACAAGAAUGUAUUCAUUUCACGCUUCUCACUGUACUCGUUCCUCUGGACUCCACAUCCCCUUAAAAACCCAGGAGGUCGUUUAAGAUACUGUAACGCUCAUUCAAGUAGCACAAUUCAUGCAAAAAUGAAUGUUUGUUCUGUAAUAAAAUCAAAUGAAAUUAUUGCUGUUAAUGAUUUAAAAAAAACACUGGGAUAUUUUCAUAAUUUACAGCCAGUUUAGUUUCCAUUCCUACUUUACAUUAAUUCCGUGAUGAAGCUUCUGCCUUUGUUGCCUUCAGAUGUUUCCCAAAGUAGUAUAAACAUCUAAAAGCCAGCCCCAAUCACAGAGACACAUUAGACUCUUUGCUUCUCAUCACAAAACCCAGACUGUAUCCGCCCAACACUGUAAACCAACCGGUCACGAAAGAAAAGACAAACCUGAGUCAAUCCGGAGUUGUUUUUGUGCAGAUACGUUUGAUGUUGGUGUGUUUGGAGAUAACUGAUCAAUGGGACAUAAGCUCUGUGUCCUAAUCCUGCAGAUAUACAACCUCCCCUCUGUAGUCAUUAUUCCAAUGUGUAGAGGAAAACUGACAACACAUACAUUUAUUAAACACAUAAUUCUUGUUUAUUUAGGUCACGAGUAACCACCCUACUUUUUGUGUAAACAACCAAUACAGAUGUUUCACUUUGUUUCACCGUGUGUGUUUAAAUAGUCAAAAGUUGAUCAAGGAAUCAAGUAGUUUUCUCUACAUUCUCAAAUGUCAAUGUUAAACGGCUAAAGUAUUUACAACAUCCAAGUAGAUAAGUCUCAUAUUUCCAUUUUCACUUCAUCUGCAUGAUUAACAUUAAUAUACAUCACAUUCUUCGAGGAGCAACACUUUCACUUUUUAAUGACUGCUCAACUGUACAAUGGCCAUAGAAAAUACAGGUCUAUGAACCAGUGAAUUCACAAUACAUAUAGAUCUGUCAAAAUACUAGUACUGUACACUAACAGGUCCAUGGUCGUCAUAUAAUUUUUCCUCUAAAAUGGAUGACGCCCAGUUUAUGUGAAUGUUUUGUAAGUUUAUGUAAUUUAUAUUAGACACCCGGGGUGGAGCCCUACUGAGUGUUUGUUUGUCUCGCCUGCUGUGUGGUCACGGACACCUGCUCUUAAUAACAGGAGGAGCUUUAUUUAUUUUACUUUGUUACGUGUGUGUAUCAAUAAAUGAAAUUUCACUUUGA